AUGGGCGAUUGGCGCCCCACCCGUCGGGCGCGAGUCCCCCACGGCCCCGGGAUAUCCGACGUGUGUUCCGUCUCGGCGGGCGCUUUGGGCGCCAGGCUCUCCCGCUUCUCAUUUUUUAUUUUUAUUGAGUUCAUUGAUGAAGGGACGAAGCGGGAGUGGGACUCCUUUUGGGAGUUCCCGCUCGACACUCCUCUCGGAACACCGGCCGCCUCAGAGGCGGGCUCACCGCAACCCAUACGCAAAGACGGUGUGCCGGCUCCAAGCGCCCCUGAAGAGAAGAAUGCUUCAAACAAGCCUGAGCCGAAAAAGGGUACCGCCACAACCCACAUCUCUGGCCUUCGCGCACUGCUGUCAUACUGGAUCGUGGUCGACCACAUGACCAGUUCGUGGAGGCCGACACCGACUGAGACUCCCCAGGAGGGCCUUUUCACGCUCAUACUUGGCCGUGCCAUUGUGCCCGUCCAGUUUUUCAUCGUUCUUUCGGGCUUCAUCACCCACCAUGCGUAUCGGAAGGUCAAGUAUUACGACGGGCACCAGAUUGUUUGGAGCCAGGUCGCGCGCUACAAUUUCAAGCGAUUCGGUGGCAUCAUAGGAGCGUACUACCUCACCUACUCUCUCAUUCUAAUUGUCAUCAUUAUAAGCCAGAAGUGGGCGCUUGAGCAACCGGGAGCGAUCGUGUCCGUGGUCCUGAGCGUCUUCCUGCUGCAGUCGUGGUAUCCGCUCGAAUGCACCGUGCCGAACGGCUCCGCGUGGACGAUGUCGACGCUUGCCUUUGCGUGGGUGCUCUUCCCACCCAUUCAGCACUUUCUAAAGAAGAGCGGGAGUGGUCGUCGCGCUUUUCUCCUCUUCCUCCUCGCGUCCAUCGUCACCGUCGCCCCUUGCGCGCUCUACGUGAUCAUCGAGGGGCCGGUGGUCAGCCACCACGCCUAUGACUUCCUGUACAAAUUCCCGCCCAUCAGGCUCGCCGAUUUCGUCCUUGGCAUGACCGCAGCGGAGCUCCUCGCGCAGACAGGCGACGCAGGCUUCGUCAAGAGACACAAGCUCAAGAUUGCAGUCGCUGGCGACUUGCUCGCUUUGGCCAUCGUCGCUACCGUGGCUCUUGCGUUCGUGCCUCCGGAAGGGCGCUGGCCUGGCUUCGAGCAAUGGGCGAGGUACGAGGAGGAAGGUAGCAGGUAUGAGGUCUUCUGGAUCAGCGCCGCCGGCCCCUUCUUCUCCCUGUUUCUCUGGACCUCGUGCGCUGCCGGCGGCGGCAUCGCCCACGCGUGCCGUCACCCGGCCCUCUCCGCCAUCGGCGACCUCGGCUUCCAGGUUUACCUCUCGCACAAUGGCUUUGUGCUGUCAUUCUUUACGAUUCUGCAUGCUGCGACCGAUGCGCUGAUGGCAGACGAGGGCAUCCCGAGCGACUAUGAAGCGUACACGCCGGGCGCCUCCAUGGCGGCUCUACUCACCAUCUACUUGGUCGCCGCUGUCAUUAAGGGGUUCGUCGACGACCCCGUCCGACGCAGGGUGCACGGGUGGGUGGACCGGCGCUUCCCUGCGAAGCGUGCCUCGCCCAAGGUUGCGGCUCUCGAAACUAUCGCCACGCCUCCGCCUUCAGCCCCGCCAAAGCCUGCCCGCGGUGGCGACGAGACGAAAAGGAAAACGCGGGUCUCGGCGGACAUCGAGAAGUCGAGGAGUGGCGUGUAG